ACGCAGGCUGACGCAAGAUAAAUGAGUGAGCUGAGCUGUCUACCGUGUGUGAAGAAUACUGUACGCCAGUGUGAAGAAGAUAACAGACUAUUACGGAGACGGGGAAGGAGCCAAGAGUGUAAUGGAGCUGUACGAAAAACUGACAGCACAAGGAGACCACAUCAGGACCUUGAAAAAAGCUAAUGCUGAGAAAGCUGAGAUUGAAGCUGCUGUCCAGUUGCUGCUAAAGUUGAAAGUGGACUACAAACAUGUGACAGGUCAGGAUUACAAAGCAGGCUGUCCGCCCUCAGAAAACUCUGUUGCCCCUGACAAUGGACCAGCAGAAGAUGACAGUGAGGAUGAAGACAUUGUUAACCCCUGGAAUGUUUCCACCAAAAACGCCAAGGGAGUGGAUUAUGACAAACUCAUAGUGAGGUUUGGCAGCAAUAAAAUUGACCAGGAACUGGUGGACAGAAUAGAAAGAAUUGGGGGACAGAGACCUCACCACUAUCUACGAAGAGGAAUCUUCUUUUCACACAGAGAUAUGCAUCAGUUACUGGAUGCGUAUGAGAAGCAAAAGUCCUUCUACCUUUACACUGGCAGAGGUCCGUCCACACAGGCCAUGCACGUCGGUCACCUCGUCCCCUUCAUCUUCACAAAAUGGUUGCAGGAUGUAUUUGACGUCCCCCUGGUGAUCCAGAUGACUGAUGAUGAGAAGUACCUGUGGAAGGAUCUAACACUAGAAGACUGCCACCACUUCGCUGUGGAAAAUGCCAAGGACAUCAUUGCCUGUGGCUUUGAUGUCAACAAGACCUUCGUCUUCUCUGACCUGGACUAUAUGGGUGCAUCCCCUGAAUUCUACAGAAAUGUGGUAAAGGCCCAGAAACACGUGACAUUCAACCAGGUUAAAGGCAUCUUUGGCUUUACAGACAGUGACUGCAUUGGAAAGAUCAGCUUCCCAGCCAUCCAGGCAGCGCCAGCCUUCAGCAACUCUUUCCCACAGAUCUUUGGAACCAGAAAGGAUGUUCACUGUCUCAUCCCCUGCGCCAUAGAUCAGGACCCUUACUUCAGAAUGACCCGUGAUGUAGCCCCAAGGAUCGGCUAUCACAAACCAACCCUGCUGCACUCCACCUUCUUCCCAGCCCUGCAGGGGGCGCAGACCAAGAUGAGCGCCAGUAACCCCAACUCCUCCAUCUUCCUCACUGACACACCCAAGCAGAUCAAAAACAAGAUCAACAAACACGCAUUUUCGGGAGGAAAAGACACGGUGGAAGAGCACAGGAAGUAUGGCGGAAACCCAGAAAUAGACGUGUCCUUCAUGUACUUGACCUUCUUCCUGGAAGAUGAUGAAAAGCUGGAGAAGAUCAGACAGGACUACACAAGUGGAGCUCUCCUAACAGGAGAACUGAAGAAGAUUUUGAUUGAGACCCUGCAGCCAAUAAUUGCUCAGCAUCAAGAGCGACGCAAGCAAAUCACAGACGAGGUAGUCAAGCAGUUCAUGACACCCAGGCCGUUAAAUUUUAAAUUCUAGCCUGCUGGAGCAACUGAGAUGUCAACGUCAUGUCACCAAGAUCACUACAAAAAGGAAUAAUCAAUCCACCUUUUUCCAUUGAAGAUAAUUGUAAUAUGUAAUAGGAAGAUGGACAUUUUUCCUACAGUUUGCUUCAGGACUGGAGAAGAAUUGAAAUGUAAAUUACUGGCGCAAUGAUGUGCUUCUCUGUGUAAAACUCAGCAUGGCAUUGCCCGAGCCUUCAUGCUAAUUGUCAUGCUACCUAUGUGCUUCACGUUGCACCAAAUGUACACAUUUAAUCUUCAUGAAGUGUUUGUGUUCGCAGCGCCGCUGUCCAUCGCAUGAGCACUACUCCUUGCCCUGAAAUCAUCUCAGGAUAAAUGACGAUUAAAGCGGAGUACAAAUGAAUAUUGUCGCACAAAUCUGCUUAGUGACCGAUGACAACACAGUUUCACAUCCACUUUGAAAACUGUUGGUUAACAAGUCUUUUUCUCACUUGGGGAAAAAAAAAAGCCUUCUGAAUAAUGUCACUGCUAACUAUUUUUGAUAACCACUCUGUAGUUAUCAAAAGCAUCUGUAUGAUAAUGGGAGAUAUAUUAUGAGAUGUUAAUACCAAUAAUUGUUACCGGUAAGCUUUCAGUGUCUUAUUAAAGGGAAUGAAAGCAAAUGUAUUCUUAUCAGCAAAAGGGACUUAUUUCAAGGUACAGUAACGCUUUCGCUUCAUCUUCAUUCUGUCCCACUAAUGCCCAGACUCAUCAUUAAACUCUACUUGAACGACAAAAAACAUACAGUUUGAAAACAGGUAUCAAUAAUAUAUAUUUCAUUUAAUGUAUGUGUUGCUCUGUAGAUGCAUAUAGCAUUCUUUAAUAUGUCGGUGGUCACACAGCAAACAUAUUCGUUUUUUCCCAUAAUAUCCCAUCCAACAUAUCAAGAUCGACUUUUUGUGAUGUAAUGACUGCUCUGAAUGCUUUUCUCACCUCACUCAGGUGUAACGGUUUCAGGGUCCUGGUACUGUGCGUGCUGGUAAACUGUCAAGACAGCUGUGGAAAAAGACAUUGGAAGUGAUUUCCAUUGAACAAUGACUUUACAUAUUCCAUUAUAGAGAUGUUUAAAAAAAAAACACUGCAGAAACAAAAAUUGUAAGCAUGAGUUUUAAACUCCACACAUACAGCCACAAAAAAUAUUCAUACAAACAUCUCAUUUAAUCUACAGAUAAGUUGUGUUUGGAUUUACCUGGUUGGGUCUGUACAGGGGUCAGCAGCUGUUCACAGAUGAUUUAAGUAGUAAGAAAGGUGGCAAAGAAGGAUUAAUCUCUCAGAGCCUGGGGUCCGUGGAGGGGCCCAGAACUCCUUCUUCAUGGGCAAUGAUACUUUGGGUUCUGCUGUGAAUUUUGUAUAGGCAACACUGAUGCACCCUUACCAUGUAGACACCAGUAAAACCUGAGAAAAAGAAAUAAAGGUGUGGAAGGAGUAAUUGACAAUUAAAGAAAUUUUAAACAGCAACAAGUCAGCAUACCAAUGCAUUUCAACAUUAUUCUAGGAUUUUAAAAAAAGCAAUACAAAAAUCACUGGAUACAUUUUUGUCCCUGCUUUGGUUGUUUGGUGUGUUGGAAAUUAAUAUGGACAUGCAAAAGCCUCUUCAAGGCAAUAAACAUGUAAAUUUAUUAGCUUCACAUGAGACGUGCUUUAAAAUAAA